GCUAUGCACUGGAGAAGAAAGUCUUAAGACAAAUGGGGGGAAAAGUUGGCCUGCCUUGUUGUCAUGAAAUUCCCAGCUCAGAAAGCCUGAAGAAUUACCGGGUCUACUGGCAGAAGAACAAGACAGAGGUAGUGCUUGCCUACGACGCGGGGAAGGUGAUCUCCCAGGACACGCGGUAUAAGAACCGGACAGAGAUGGAUGAAAGGAAUCUCACCCUGUGGAUCUCCCCUCUGGAAAUCCUGGACAAUGGCUCUUACCAGUGUGUGGUUCAGCACCUCAGAAUUACUCAGAACUCAAUUGUUUUGUGUGAGAACCAUGUCACCCUCUUUGUUACAGCUGACUUCAGUAAUCCGAAUAUAACAACGGAAGUAUCCACUAAUUCUUGUGAAUCAACUGAGAUGGUGGUGAGAUGUUCUUCUCAUGGAGGUUUCCCCAAACCCAAAAUCUCUGGAGCCCUCAACAACGAGCCCAUUGUGUGGAAUAACAGCUUGGUGUCCAAGUCCAGUCUCAGCCUGUACAACGUCACCGCCAAAGCAUGGGUCAAUGUGACUGAAGACAUCAGCUUCACUUGCUCCGUUGAAUAUAAUGGCUUUGCCAAGUCCACCAGUUUGCUUCUGAAAAAAGCAAAAAACUGUGCUGUCCCUACUGUGCCUCCGUCUUAUAAUGUCAUUACUGCUUCAAGUAUCAUCAUUAUUAUCUUCCUUUUGGCUGUCACCCUAGCAGCAAGAUACCUCCCAAGGCAUGUCUGUUCUCACUGUUGUAAGCCUCAGGAUUCAGGGGAAGAGGGUAUGAAAGAAUGUAUGAAGCCACCUAUGAGCUCUAAAGUGACAUCUGAAACAUCAUCUCUAUGA